AAAUAAAAACUCCGCACAUGUAUGUAUGUUCUUACAGCACCGACGAGCUCAUGGACUUUGCAUGCCGUCCUCUUUCUACUUUUCGCGUCUCGUAGACCGUUCUCUGCUCUCAAAAUGUCCGACUUUAGCGAGAAUCGUCCAUGCCCAACUCGUCAAAGUUGGACUGAUAGACAAUACUUUCUGGGGAAAUCGCUGUCUUCAGCUCUACUUCAAAUCCAGCUCCGUCAUCUAUGCUUUGCAAUUGUUUGAGGCUAUUCCCGAAAAGAACACCAUAUCAUGGAACGUCUGCUUAAAGGGUUUGUUAGAAAACGAUUAUCUCAAUCGCGCACUCUACAUGUUCGACGAAAUGCCUGAACGGGAUGUUGUCAGCUGGAACACAAUGAUUUCAGGGUUUGCCUCUUUUGGGUCUCCGAGAAAUGCGAUGAGGACAUUCUUGGAUAUGCAGAGAUAUGUUAUUAGGCCAACGGAGUUCACGAUUUCCACUCUAGCUACACUGGUUACUUGUGUACGCCAUGGGGAACAAAUUCAUGGUAAUGUUAUUUGCAGCGGUGUAAGUUUGUCCAAUCCGGUGGUGUGGAAUUCUCUUAUGGAUAUGUAUAGAAGGCUAGGAGUUUUUGAUUAUGCUUUAUCCGUGUUUCUAACAAUGGAGGGUAGGGAUGUUAUCUCGUGGAACUCUUUGAUCUUGUGUUGUUCUGAUUCUGGAAACAAAGAAGUAGCUUUGGAUCAGUUUCGAGUAAUGAGAGAAAUGGGGUAUCAACCUGACGAAUACACAUUCUCGACAGUUGUAUCUAUUUGCUCGGAUUUACAAGACUUGUGCAAGGGUGAGCAGGCUCUAGCUCUUUGCAUCAAGAUGGGGUCUCUUUCUAACACCGUUGUUUCAGGAGCUGCGAUUGACAUGUUUUCCAAAUGCAACAGAUUGGAGGAUUCGGUUAAGCUUUUUCGACAGUUGGAGAAACGGGACUCGGUGUUGUGCAACUCCUUGAUUGCUUGCUAUUCGUGGCAUGGUUUUGGAGAAGAGGCUCUUAAGCUUUUUAUUCUCGCUAUGAGGCAGAGAGUUAAGCCGGAUAAGUUCACUUUCAGUAGCGUUUUGAGCUCACUGAAUGUCGUGAUGGUAGAUCACGGAGCUCAAGUUCAUUCUUUGGCUGUCAAGUUAGGGUUUGAUCUGGACACACCUGUGGCUACCUCACUCAUGGAGAUGUACUUCAAAACCGGGUUGGUUGAUUCAGCAAUGCGAGUGUUUGUAACAACUGAUGAAAAAGAUUUGUUCUUUUGGAACACAGUGAUAAUGGGUUUGGCAAGAAACGGCAGAGCGGAUGAGUCCCUUGCCAUUUUCCGUCACUUGUUGAUGCACCGUGGACUGAAACCGGACAAAGUGACUUUAAUGGGUGUCCUGGUAGCUUGUUGUUAUGCUAACUUUGUUAACCAAGGGAUUCAGAUAUUCUCUUCGAUGAAAAAGGUUCAUGGAGUUGAUCCCGAGAAUGAGCAUUACGCCUGUGUAGUUGAAUUGCUGUGCAGGGUUGGUAUGAUCAAUGAAGCAAAUGACAUCGCUGAGAAGAUGCCUUUUGAACCAAGCUCUCAUAUUUGGGAACCUAUUCUCUAUGCAUCCAUUGAUCUUGGAGACACAAGACUCGCUGAGAGAUUAGCAGAAAGAAUGUUAGAAUCUGAACCAAAGUCAUCGUUUCCUUAUCUUGUUCUCAUUAAGUUAUACGAGAUGACUUGGCGCUGGGAGAACUCGGUGAGAAUAAGAUACGCCCUGGAUAAACAAAAGCUGAAAUGCACUCAGGGAUCAAGCAAGAUCGGUAUAAAGCACAGUGUAUACUGCUUUGAGGCUAACCAGUUGCAGAUUCAUGGAGGUCAUGAUACUUGGGCAACCUUGGAAUUACUGUCUUGGGACUCUGAUGAUCAGAGGUCUGCAGAACAUUUUGUCUAACAUGAUAACUCACUACUAUUACUAUUAGUGAGUGUCUUUUUCAUAUACUUUUUAACCUUAGGAUGUUCCAAUUAAUGGUGGAGCUCGAUCUAAUUUUCAAUACAGUCAGGGUAUUUAUAAGAUUAUAUGGUCAGUUUUGGUUUGGUUCUAU